AGGGUUCAGCCCACCAUUGCUCCCACCGAGGCAGCACGCGCCGGACGCUUGCCGGCUUUCAUCAAUAAAAAAAAAAACAAAAUUGUCUAUUCCUAAAUUCAAACGUGGAAUACUUCCGAGGCGCGCUCUUUCACGUUUUAUUUUUAAUGUUUAAAUAAUUUAUUUUCAAAAUGGCGUAUUACCAAGUGUUAGUAUUAUUUUUCGCUGCAGUGAUAGCAUCGGGGACCUCAAACACACACAUAUUUGGGGGCCGAUGCUCGCGACGGGAUCCCAACGUGGACGCCUGCUUACUCCGCAGCUUCAACUCAUUCAUCGAAUACAUGAAAGGAGGAGCUCCUGAACUGGGAAUCGAAGAGUCGGAACCUAUUGUAAUCGAUGAGCUGUCAAUCGCACUGGGUGGAGGUCCCGAUGGCUACCGAGCAAGCUUCAAGGACAUCCAAGCCAUAGGAGCGUCUAACAUGACCAUCACUAAUGUGAGGUCAGACCUAGAGACGCAUCAGUUCCAGUUGACACUAUUCGGGCCCCACAUCAGUGCGCGCGCACGCUACCGUUCGUCCGGAGUGCUGCUGCUCGUGCGUGCGUCUGGUGGUGGCGAGUACUGGGGCGAAUACGACGGUGUGAAGGCGAAGGUAUACUUCCGCGGAGAGCCGUACACUCGCAACGGCCGUACCUACCUGAAGCUGCAGCAGCUCAAACUGGACUUCUCCGUCAAAGACAUUCAGAUGGGCGUCGAGAAUCUGCAGAAUAGUAACGCUGUCUUAGAGGCUGCCCUAAACCUGUUCAUCAACACAAACGCCCAAGAGCUGCUGAAGGAGAUGAAGCCAGAGUUGAAACGGGACCUUGCAGAGAAGAUGUCACGCUUCCUCGACAACGUGUUCCAGAAGAUUCCAUACGACGACUGGAUCGUGGACUAAUAAUAGAUAAUAAAGAUAAUCUUAGGUUUAACACAGAAAUACAGUGAGACAACAUGGUUGGUUAACCGAUAAUCAGACAGACCAACUUUAAAAAUGGUUUUUUUUCCAAAAUGGUGCUUUAGUUUCGGUAGUUCGAUCCAUCAAUUUGUAAAAAACAAUAAAAGAUUAUAACAAUUUGAAGAACAUUUCUUCAAUAAGUUGUUUUCUGAACAGAGUAAGGCAUUUGACAAGAUCAAAUAUGACUUUAUGAAUAUUGGUGCUAAUAAAAUUGAUGGAUAACCCAGUAACAUCUUUUAAGUAAAAUUUAAGUUCAUUAGAUAACUUAAGUUGCUAAGAACAAGAUACCCACGUGUUUGUAUUAGUUGCUAUAGACUGGACAUUACUUUCUUUAACAUUGUAAUUGUAAAAUGUAGUAUGUAAGGUAUUUAUUUAGACUUCUUCCUAAGGUACAUUCGACCGGACGGUCCUCUUGUAUUAUUAGUUUUACGACAAUUUGUACAACUGUAAUAAAGUCUUCAAAAUUUUGAA